CUUCCCCCGACGCGUUUGCGACACUUUGCGACACUGCCGUGUGCGGACGCACAACUCUCUCGAGUGAGAUACCGGUCCGGCGGAGGGGCGCAGUUGCAGCAGGAUCCCUGGGAAGAGACGCGAAAUACAGCCGAGCGCACGCGGCCUCCGCCUGGCUGGGACGAAGGGCGCGCGCACCUCCGGCCCCCGUGUGGAUCUCCGCCGGUUCAUGAGGACUUUUUUCUUGGCUGAGAGGGACGCGAGGGAGAGAGAGACCGGCGGCGGGAGGGAAGGAAGGGAGGAAGGAGGGCCGGGAAGGCAGGCAGGCAGGCAGCAGGCAGCCAGAGUCAGUCAGAGUCAGUCAGUCAGUGAGUCCCCCGAGAAGCGGGCUGUAGUGUAGCUACCAGCCAGUGCCUCUCAACCCAAGUGAAGCCCAGCCGCGCUCGUCACGUCGUCAGGCACGAACAAACCAAACGGGAACAGCCGCGGCGCUCGAGUCGAAACGAGAGGAAAGAUGGACUAUGAUUUCAAAGUGAAGCUCACCGGUGAGAGAGAGCGCGUCGAGGACUUGUUCGAGUACGAGGGCUGUAAAGUUGGCCGAGGGACGUACGGUCAUGUGUAUAAAGCGAAAAGGAAAGACGGGAAGGACGAUAAAGACUAUGCUCUGAAACAGAUUGAGGGAACAGGCAUCUCCAUGUCCGCCUGCAGGGAGAUAGCCCUGCUACGUGAACUCAAACACCCAAACGUCAUCUCCUUGCAGAAGGUGUUUCUGUCACAUGCUGACCGCAAGGUCUGGCUACUCUUUGAUUACGCUGAGCACGACCUCUGGCACAUAAUAAAGUUCCACAGAGCCUCCAAGGCCAACAAGAAACCCUUGCAGCUGCCACGUGGCAUGGUGAAGUCCCUGCUCUACCAGAUCUUGGAUGGCAUCCAUUACCUGCAUGCCAACUGGGUGCUCCAUAGAGACCUGAAACCUGCCAACAUUUUGGUCAUGGGAGAGGGUCCAGAAAGGGGCCGAGUCAAGAUUGCGGAUAUGGGGUUUGCCCGUCUCUUCAACUCACCACUCAAGCCUUUAGCGGACCUGGACCCUGUGGUGGUCACGUUCUGGUACCGAGCCCCAGAACUCUUGCUGGGAGCCAGACACUACACCAAAGCCAUUGACAUCUGGGCAAUCGGCUGCAUCUUUGCAGAGCUGUUGACCUCGGAACCCAUAUUCCACUGUCGGCAAGAGGACAUAAAGACCAGCAACCCAUACCACCAUGACCAGCUGGACCGCAUCUUCAACGUCAUGGGGUUCCCUGCCGAUAAGGACUGGGAGGACAUAAAAAAGAUGCCUGAGCACUCCACCUUGAUGAAAGACUUCAGAAGAAACACGUACACAAAUUGCAGCCUCACGAAAUAUAUGGAAAAACAUAAAGUUAAACCAGAUAGCAAAGCAUUCCAUUUGCUGCAGAAGCUGCUUACCAUGGACCCUAUCCGCAGGAUCACGUCUGAGCAGGCCAUGCAGGACCCUUACUUCCUGGAGGAGCCGCUACCCACCUCUGAUGUGUUUGCUGGUUGCCAGAUCCCCUACCCCAAACGGGAGUUCCUGACUGAGGAAGAACCAGAAGACAAAGCAGAUAAAAAAAACCAGCAGCAGGGAAACAACCACACUAAUGGGGCAGGACAUACAGGGAACCCAGACAAUAGCCACGCCCAAGGCCCGCCUCUGAAGAAGGUGCGAGUGGUUCCUCCAACCACUACCUCAAGUGGCCUCAUCAUGACCUCAGAUUACCAGCGCUCCAAUCCACAUGCUGCCUACCAGAACCCGGGACCAAGCACAUCACUGCCCCAGAGCAGCAUGGGGUACUCCUCUACCUCCCAGCAGCCCCCGCAGUACUCCCACCAGACCCACCGCUACUGAGGCCCUGUCCUCACAUCUGCCCCCAGCCUGGGAGAAUGUACCGACAGAGGGACAUGCCUGCGGGGCAGACCAGGACGAACCUUGCCCCCUUCUCUUGCCCCCCCCCAUACCCCCCAUCCACACAUGCACAGCUGCUCCAACUUCAGCAGUUAAUUAAAAAAGACGAUAAGAAACAGGAGAAUCGAGCAACAGCUGCUUUGAGUGUUUCCUUGUCAUUGCUGCACAUUUUCACCGUGAAACAAUUCUUUAAAGUGGUACUGUUUCAACCCCUGAAAGUUAGGUCUUCUCGUCUGAGAUGAAGUCGAUUAGUACCCUCACUUGGUCUGAGGGUCAGCUGAGUGGUUCCCUUGCAUAUCCUACGGGGGAAGCUGACGGGUCCCCUUCCUUGAUCUGAGGAGAACCGCCCACCUGAGAUGCGAGGUCCCACUGGACCGAUCGUUUCCUUUCCCCGUUCCGUUUCCCAAGUCCUCUGAGUUCACCCAGACUAAAGCUGCUAUGUUCUAGCCAACAGCGACUGAGUCGUAUUUGUCCAAGGCGAAGCCCUCUGCUGGACCUGGGGAGCAGAGCAUGCUGGGAAUGCUGGCAGCUGGCUCCCACAUGGUGCUGGUUUUGGGCUUUGAAAACAACUUGAUCUUAGUGGUUUAUAAUUUAAUACUUUCUUUUUUUCCUGGCGCAGUGGCUGUGUGAGCCUGCCGCCUGGAAGGGCACGACCGCCGCGUGCAAGCCUUAGCGCCUCAUGAAGAGCCAGCAACAUGAGCGCGAGAUGUAACAUGCAUUGUACUGUGUACUCUAUACUGUACUGUACUGUACUGUGUACUGUACUGAAAUAUUUUACAUGAAUGAAGCAAGUAUCUGGACAAUAAA